AUGGCGCAAGAAUCCCUGAAGCAAAGGCAGGAGAGGCAGCCUCCUCGUGAGCGACGAUUUGACAAACCUGCUGAAGAAAAGGGUGAAGGAGGAGAAUUUUCUGUUGAUAAGCCAAUUAUUGAUCGUCCUAUGCGUGGCCGUGGUGGCCCAGGUGGAAGGGGCGGCUGCGGUCGCCGAGGGCGUGGAAUGGUUAGAGGAGAUGGCUUUGACUCCCGAGGCAAACGUGAAUUUGAUAGACAUAGUGGAAGUGACAGAUCUGGUCUGAAGCAUGAGGAUAAGCGCGGUGGAAGUGGAUCACAUAACUGGGGAAAGGUCAAAGAUGAGCUAACUGACUUGGAUCAAUCUAACGCAACAGAGGAAACCCCAGCGGGAGAGGAACAUCCACCUGCUGACUCAGAGAAUAAAGAGAACGAAGUAGAAGAAGUGAAGGAGGUAGGGCCAAAAGAAAUUACUCUGGAUGAAUGGAAAGCUAUUCAAAACAAGGAUUGCGCAAAAGUUGAAUUCAACAUCCGCAAACCAAAUGAAGGUGCUGAUGGACAAUGGAAAAAAGGUUUUGUUCUCCAUAAGUCAAAGAGUGCGGAGACAAAGGGGAUGACAGAGAUGCAAGGGAGUCAGAUGGAAUCCAAUGAGACUCAUGCUGAAGAUUCUGUAAUGGAUCAUCAUUUCCGUAAGCCGGCAAAUGACAUCACAUCCCAGCUGGAGAUCAAUUUUGGGGAUCUUGGCCGUCCUGGGCAUGGGGGUCGAGGUGGAAGAGGAGACCGUGGGCAUGGGGGAAGGGCUAACCGUGGAAGCAGAACUGAUAAGUUGGUUAAGGAGUUUGAUGUCAUCCACACACCUAGCCAGUCCAGUGCUUCUGCUCCUGACGUUGAUGAUCCAGAAGCUUUCCCAGCUCUGUCCUAAACUGGAUGCUCUAAGCCAA